AUGCGGCGAAAUGCUAGAAAGGUUUCUUGGGAAAGAUUUUUGGAAAGCAAACAUGGGAUUCUUGAUCCGCAAGACACAAUCUCCAGAUUGCCUGAAAAUGUACUUCAACAUAUGAUGUCUUUUCUUCCACCACUAGACAAAGAUAAUGUCCGUUUUUUAUCGAGAAAAUGGCGCCGACUAAGUGCACAAAACCAAGCAGUACUCUGGCUGACCAAGCAGCGGUUAAACGAGCUGGAAUUUCCAAAGCUUUUGAAUGAUGAGUUCCAGUCAGUAGAGUUUCUUUCUCUAACUAAAUGCCCAGGGAUGAGAAGCCUGAAGCUUAUGAAUUUAAAGUUAGUAACCGUUCACUUAAAAUACUGUGGAAGCUUAAAGAAUUUGUACCUCAACACACCAAAUCUUAAGACUUUAUACUUCCACGGACCGCGUGUCAGACCAUGCACAAUUGAGUUUAUUAACUGCCAAAAGUUAACGAUUUUGCAUUUAGUCGGGGUUGCUAUGAACACCAUGAUGUUCAUAAACUGCAACGAAAGGUUUCCGCAUCUUCAGACGUUGACACUUGGUGGGUGUGAUAUGACUGGAUGUAUUAACAUCUCAAGUAAUUCUCUCCACAAGUUAUGGUUUGUCGGAUUCAAUAAGCCCGUGGGUCUCACCAUUGAUGCCCCAAACCUAUCUUCUUUCAAGUACAAUGGCAGUACAAUAGCUCCGGAUCCAAACAUCAACUUACCCGGUCUUACUAUAGCUUAUCUUGAGCUAUAUCCUGAUCUGAACCAAAAGCGUGAUGAGAUUUGGUUCACAAGAUUAACUGAAAUGCUGCAUUGUCUGAAACAUGCUAAAAGGUUGGAGUUUUCUACUAAUUCAGACAAGUUCUAUUUGCAUGCUGGAAUGCAGAAUGUUAUAAUACCAAAAUAUCUUAGAGAAACCCUUGUGCCACCGCUCGAUGAAAUCUCGUGGAUAGCAGUAAGGACAAGUUCAGGAUCUGCCAAUAUGGUUAAUCUUUCUGAUUCCAUGCUAUGGGUUUCUCCCCGGGUUAAUAAUCUUAUUAUUUGCAUCUCGGAUUUCUGGGAGUUUAUUCUACAGUUGUCCCGUGAGGAAUCAUCGUCCAGAACUCCGGACAGUUCAUGUCGUUUCUGCGCCUUGCAUCCUUCAAGAUGUUGGCGUCAUUCGGUUACAGGGUACGUGGUUAAUCAUACUUGUUGUUGGAUAAAGCAGGCAAUGUUGUCAUAUCUUCAGGAGAAUCUGAAAAGGGUUGGACGACGUGCUAAUGAUUUGGAUAAUACGGAAAUGAUACAAUAUUGA